ACGCACGUUCCAAAGGGUUAUCGAAUGUAUAAACUCAAUUGCCGCGGACACGUAAACCAUUCGUGGGUGAAGUGAAACACAUGUGUCGGUCAAACUGUGUUUUCCACAGCAGAGUGCCCGUCCCGUGUUUGAUCCGUGAAAAUCUUCCGUUCAGAGAGCCAACUUACACGCCAGUCGCAGCAGUUUCUAAGAUAUCAACGUGCUUGGUCGUGAAUAAGCCCGUUAAUGCGAUGAGCUGCUUAUUCGAAAUGAAGUAGAACUGAUUGCAAAAGGCGGCAGUGCGUGGGUGGUUUUAAGAGAAGAACCUGCCUAAGGCCUUGCCUCUCUUGUCAAACUGAUAUUAAGAGGCUAAAGCAUGAAAGGCCAAGCGGAGAAAAAUGGAUAUCGAUAAAGUAUCAGCAUGCGUGAGAAGUCAGCAGAAUGUCAUGCUCACGCAGGUCACGUGAGGGGCACAACAGAAAUGUGCUCACGUGAUCCUCCUACAUUGCAUUCAACCCUUACCAAGGCAAAUGGUAAAAAUUCAAACUCACAGCCAACCCAUCAUUCAUCUGAAACAGGCAUUGAUAACAACAUACUUCCAACGCCUGGUGGACGUUUAAAGUUUUUUAAAGAUGGCAAAUUUAUCUUGGAACUGUCCCAUCGCAGGGAUGGAGAAAGAACUACGUGGUUUCCAGUUCCAAAGAAAACAUUUUGGCCACCAGCCAGCACAACUCCGAAUCGACAAGAGAGUUCUACCUCUCUCAGUGUUUCAGAUGAUAAUUCAUCGGUUCAAUCAAGUCCUUGGCAAAGAGAUCACUGUUGGAAACAAGCAAAUCCAAGACAUAGAAUAUCCACGGAGUUUAAUUUUUACUAUUAUAGAAGUCCAAAAAAUCGUCUGUGUGCACAUCCUCGCUUAGUCGCAAAAAAGCGCAGACGUCCGUUAGAUCCUACUUCCUUGUUACUCGUUUCAGAAUCAGUAACGAAUUAUACGAAGCCAAUUCGUAAAGCAAAUGGUACAUCAACGGGAAAAGUUUUGAACCUAAUUAUCGACAAAUUGGCACGUCUUCUAGAUCCUAAUGUUGUCUCUCCACGCAAACGUAUUUUGCGUGAGCUAGAAAGAGUAUCGUUAGAAGAUCAAGCAUCAAAAAGACGCGCGACACCACAGCCUGUUUGUACAACAACAGCUCCUACAUCAUCACCAAAACAAUUAUCUUCAUAUAGUAUAACAAGUAUCUUAGGAGAAGACAAACCAACUCAUGAGCAAGGGUUUUUGAGGAAUUUAUUGAAACCAGAUGACAGGCAAACUGUGAAAUACUCAUCAAGCAAUUCGUACCCAAGAGUACGAAUGGAUCCAUACAUUGGUACAACUAACGCACCUCUUCAACACCCACUUUAUGGCGUACCAAUGUUACCUCCUGGACCAUACAGAGCUCCUUUAUGGAUGCAUUAUCCAUCGCCCGUCCAUUAUCCACCUCCUAUGCCAUUGUAUGCACCGCCACCACCUCAUCCACCAUCUCCUCCAAUUCAUCACUACAAAGACUACAGGGAACAGACUUUAACGCCUCCUUCGGAUAUGCCUCUAAAUCUGUCGAAGCAUGCGGGUUGAAUCUCAGGAUCCUAAAAGUUGGUGCCUUAUAUCAUCGGUGGGAUGAACCUGCGGAAACACUGCCCGUGUAACGCAAUAUAUUAGUAUUUUUUUAUUCGUAAACAGUAGUAUAGUAAGUAGAAAUACGCAACUGGAAAGAAAGUCUGGAUGCUAUUCUUGUACAUAAAAAUGCAUAAACUGUCGAAGUUGGUAUAUAUAGGUAUUUUAUAUUAAUGUUAAAUUAAAUCAUGAGUAGUAUUAUACAAUUGUAAUUAAAAUUAUGUACGUGGUAUAAAUGAUCUUAUCACCUAAUGUGCUCAUUACUUUUUCAUUUUGAUUAAUUAUUGCUAAGAAAUAUUUCAUCGUCGUCUUGAAAUCCAUAAAUGUGUUCACAUUGUCAGAUUGUAAAAUUUGAUUUUCACUCAUUUUUACUACUCAUGAUACAAAUAUUACAAUGAAAGGGAAAAAAGAGCAUGCUUUCAUCUUACGCAUCUCACUUAUGCAUUAUCUUGUUAUUCUUAUUAAUGUUAUUGUCAUUAUUAUCAUUAAUAAAUGAUAUGACUAUUCAUUUUAAAAAAAUCACAUGAAAGACAUAGAAUUAUGUACAGAACAGAUUACUAUAUUUAGUAUAAAUAUUCCUAUGAAUAUUAUAUAUAUGUGUAUAUAUAUAU